ACUGUGUGGUGUUGGGUGUUAAUUUCAUCCUUAUCGCAAUGCAAAUAGGUACCAUUUUAAUUAUUUUGUGACUGUGCGAUCUUGAGAGCUUGAACAAAAGAUGCUGAAAUGCUGGAGAAUCAGUUACCACAAUGAAUUCCUCGUGGAUUGUUCUCUUUGCCCUUUUUGGAGCUGCUAUUCUCAGUGCGGGAGCUUCAUCACCCUUCCAAGUGUCCAUUCGGCUGUACAAUGAUGUCUACACGGUUGGUCAGGAGAAAUCUCAGCUCUGCAAUGGUGUCAUUGUGCACCAAAGUUAUGUCGUCACAACGGGGCACUGUGUUAGGGAUACAAUUCUCUUUUCCAACACAAGUCGCCCCCUGACUCCGCAGAUGAUCUACAUUGUGGCGGGAAAUUUAUCCGGGAUGGCUGGGAAUGUUUCAGCAAUCACGAGGAAUGUGAAGAACAUCACAAUCCACAAGAGCUAUAAUCCCAUCACUCUGGAGCACGAUAUUGCGCUCCUUGAGUUGGUUUCACCGCUGCCACUGCAGAAUGAUACGAAUGUGAAGUGGAUCCAAUUGGCUCAUGGAGAAGUUGCCAGGAAUCCGUGCUUCGUGACUGUGCUCAAUGAAACAAAUGGGGGAUUCAAAGUGCUGGAGAAUGUUCCCAUAAUUGACAUUUGGCACUGCAACAGGAGCGCGAAUUUCUCAUCCCUCAAGCGAGACGAUAUUUGCUCCCAGUACACCAUCAGCGGGGGCUCCUGGUGCGGCACAACAGAGCUCGAGUAUAGAUACAGCCCAGAUCGUGGAUCAGCUCUUGUGUGCAAUGGCUACCUCAUUGGCUUACUCUCAUCAAUUGAUCCUCCAGAUGAUCCCUUCAGCACGGAUUGCCAGCAAAACAAGAGAACCUAUGCCUUCUACACGAAUGUCGAGGAAUACGGGUUGUGGAUUAAAACUGUGACCGGAAUGAAUCAUGGAAAUUCACCCACCCCACCCACAACCAACAUGUACGGCAAGGACAAAGGAGCAGCCUCAACAUUCUCACCCAGUGCUAUCUUCAUUGCUGCCCUUGCGCUUGUUUUCCUCCAUUUUAGCCACUAAAUAAAUACAAUAAUUUCUCUA